CGCAACACGCACGUCACUAAAAUGUCAGACGCGGAACCCGGAAGUUUCCACCGUGUAAUUUAGCUGAAGAGAAAUGAUAGUUGUCACGCAACCUGCUUUCGAGGCGUUCAGUUAAGUGGUAUAUAUUAGGGUUUAUUUUUCUAAACAGUUAAGUUGAUAGUGCUUACCAAAUCACGGUUAUCUUGUGUUAAAAUGACAUUCACAGUCACCAGGCACGGCCUGACUGCUUUUCUGCAUUGACCUGUUGGUCUCUCUGAUUAAAAAGAAAGAAAGAAAAAAAAAAAAAGAAAAGAAACAACAACAACAAAAAACAUUACGCGUAUAAUAUUUUAUGUUCAGAUGGACCAGGCUGAAGGUGUUUAUUUAUAGCCGCUUUAAACGUGUAUUCAGGAGGUCAAUAAAGUUACAUUUAACCACAGUAAUUCGUGCACUUUAUAUAGAUCCACUAGCUAUCCUGAACAGUAAGCGUUGGGAAACUGAAACGGACACAUCAACAUUUACAUACAAGUGAAUAUUCAUAUUACAUCGAGUUUAUGGAGUAGUUAGCUAACAAGAUAGAUUGAUAUAGACUGAACUAUAUUCAAUCGACUAUAGUCUGCAAGGUUAAUCAUAGGAAGUGAAUGUGUGGUUAGUUCCCUGACUAUAUAGUCACAGAGAAACCGCACUCCUCGGUGAAGACGAUAUCCUCCCUCCCCACGGGCUGACUCUCUAAUGCACGGCUUACCCAUGCCACCAGAAAGCAGGAAACGGCAUCACAGCUGUGAUGCUGAGGAAGAGCAGCUUCUGCCUCAAGCUAAGAGGUUUCCAGGUCAUCCUUUCUUUUCUGAACUAGCCCGUGAUGUUUGGGACUCUGAGUCUUCAAGUAGUGAUAGCAGCUGCAUUAGCAGUCCAGAGAAGCUGACAGGAGCUGGCUCCCAGUCUGUAGAGCAAAAUGGAAGGUGUGUCUUAGAGGAUUCCUGUAGCCCUAGCACCUCCAGUCAGUUUGGUGAAUCUGACGACUCUUACCAUCAUAUCAACCGCAUCCUUAGAGAAGCCCACUUCAACAGCCUGCAAACUCGUGGCCAGCCAGGAGCAACUUGAUCAUCUGCCAUCUAAUGGCAGAAAGAACAGUGCACAGGGAAUCUUUCACAACAGAAAUUUAUAUCAAUGGCACACCGUGAAUCUCUCUUCACUUUGGAUCAAUUGCUUUGGUGCCCCUUUUCAGAGCGCUUUUCCAUUUUCAUCAUCAGUGUCAGGGUUCGUUUAGAUCGCUACUUGGGUGCUACAAUAUAAAAGAAAUAUCUCAGACAUGCAAUAUGAUCAUUACAUGUAAAUCCCUAAUACUGAUCCUUGCAGAUGUACAUGGUGCUACAUGCUAAAUAAUAGUCAUAUUAAGUAAGAGGAUGUGUGUUAUUAGUGUACCUUGUGCUGAGUAGUGAACGAAGUGGAAAAGGUGCACAUAGAAAUUAUGCAUUUUUACUUUCUUCUUCCUAAAGACUUCUGGGAUCACAAAGAUGGUUUAAGCACAUGGGAGCAUUAAUGCAUAAUGACUUAACAGUAGUUAUAUUACCAGUUCUAAUCCAUAUACAUAGGACCUUAGGGUAAUUGUGUUGCAUUUGUUUCUAUUUGAUUUAAAAAUCAUUCAGUUAGCUUAGUUUUAUCUUGUGUAUAUAGGGGGGGACGCAGGCUUUGUGAUUUCUUCCCCAUGUGCCAGAAGCUCAGAUAGGUGGCAAGUUGCUAACUAUAGUACAGAUAUGUGCCACGUGUAUAUUAUUACCCUCAAUCUUUUUCAAUUUGCCUGUUGCUUAGUACAAACUAAUGUGACAUAAGUGCUUAAUAUUAGCAGAAUGUCUAUUUAAUUAUCUGAUUAUUGUUUAACUCAGGUAUGUUGUAAAGUACAUUUCUUCAGGCACUUUUAUUAGUGGAGGUAACAAGAGAUUUUGUGACUUUUAAUUGAAGUGUAUUCAGACUAAGAUGACAAUAUAAUUUUAACCCACAGAAUAAUUUGCACAGCCUGAAAGGAAUGUUUUCCUAUUGGCUUUUCUGCAUAUGAGUCAGCCGUUUCAUAGGAACACAGGAAGACACCAUGGUCUAAAAUUAGUCUUCUCCUAAAAUAGCCGCCUAGAGCCCCAGUACCACCAUCACUUAGUCAUAAAAGGUCUGGAAUGGUUUUAGUAUCUUUGGUUUUAGUAUCUUGGCCUGAGGUCAUACGCGAGCUUCCGACUUAACUGUUUGUUCGAGAGUGUGUACAAUAAGGGUGCCGAUAUAGCUGUUAACUUGCACUGAGACACUGCAGUACAUCCAGGUGAUGGACCAGCGGUUCUCGACCUGGGGGUUGCAUGGUGGCUUUUGAGAAAAGUCCACAUGCCUGUAUAUUUAAGAACAUAUUUUUGAGAAUUACUUUUCCUAUGAUAUUAAAUGUGUGUUCAAACUUGUCUCUUAAAGGUACACAAAUGUUUGUGGACUUGACCAUCAAACCCAUAUGUGCUUUUUGAACAUCCCCAAUCCAGAGUCAAAAAUAAAACACAAGUAUGCAGUGUUGUAUGUUCUGAAAUGCUUCCUCACAAAAUCAGAGGGCAAAACAGCUCUAAAAUGAACGAACAUUAUAUUUAUUUGGACACAUGGAAUGUGCACUUAAGCAGCAAAACAGGAGUAGACUACAAUCCCUACGACACUUGAGUGUGAAGAAAUGUGUCUCCAGGGAAACACAUUCAGAGAGAGGUGCACGAUCCCCAGCCUAUGUUUUCGAAUUGUUUUUGAGAGGGUUGAAGCUCAAAAAGCUUGAGAGCUACAGUGUAAGACUAUCAGUUUUGAUGAUAAUCACCUUAUCAUUCAUGUUUUGUAUUUAGAAAUGUACUUAACAGUGAACACAUUUACAGUUUAUAAAUGGAUAUUUUCUCAAAUGAUCUUCGUACAAUAUCAACAAUAAAAGUUUAUAAAUAA